AGUUUCAAUGUAAUAACUUGUUUAAAUUAUGCUUUCCAGUUAAAAAAAAAUAUAUAUUUUGGUAUUUCUCAUUAGCUAAUAUGAACCUUCUACCAUGGAAAAUUCGGGAACUAACCGACAAAGUUACCAAUGUUGUAAUGAAUUAUACAGAGGUGGAGGCUCGAGUCCGUGAAGCCACAAAUGAUGAACCGUGGGGUCCUUCAGGAAGUUUGAUGCAAGAACUUGCAAAUGACACUUUCAUGUAUGAAACAUAUUCAGAAGUUACAGGAAUGCUGUGGAAACGAAUAUUCCAUGAAGGCAGAAGCAACUGGCGUCGGAUUUACAAAGGACUUUUAGUGGUUUCGUACUUGUUGCGCAAUGGAUCAGAGCGUUUUGUUACCAGCACUCGUGAACAUAUUAACGACCUCCGAGCAUUACAAAAUUUCCAAUUUCACGAUGAACACGGCAAAGAUCAAGGCAUCAACGUCAGAAAUAAAGCGAAAGAGUUGGUAGUUUUCGUCAAAGAUAAUGAAAGGUUGCGAGAGGAAAGGAAAAAAUGUAAGAAGAACAAAAAUAAAUAUGUGGGGAUGUCUCACGAAGAAUCCAAAUUUGGUUUCAGAACACAACAGAGAUAUGAUGAAGAUGAUUAUUAUCGCCAUCGUCGCCAACAUUCAGGAUCGGAUACCUAUCAUGAUUCACCAUCAGACGGGAGACGUGACACUCACAGACGAAAUGAAUCUAAUGGUUCAGCUGCGUACAGUGAUGAUUUUGAUCCGACUGAUAAUGAUCGCAAAUCAAGGGGGAAAGAAUCCCCAAGAGGUGUCAAAUACAGUUUCAGUGUUGAAAGCUUAGAACAACACAGCGAUAAAGAAACGAUAGAGGAAUUACCAAAGCGAAUAUCAUCUCCUGCGAUUACCAAUAAUGCUUCAAAACCUCGUAAAGCUGUACCUUCAAAAAAAGUUAGCUUAGGUGCAGCAGCUCAAUAUACAGGUGAUCAACCCGCUAAAAUAUCUGGAUCUAGCCAGAGCAAAUCAUCAGGAGGUACAACAGCUGAUACUCUCGACCUCUUUGGAUCUAGUACUACAGAAAGCCAGCAGCAGCCUGAUUUAUUUUCAGAUUUUGAUUCACUAGCCACUACAAGAAGUGCGCCCAAUGUAGCCCAGGAAGCAACUACAACUAAUGGCGAUUUUGCGGAUUUCGGCAAUUUUGAAUCUAACGCUGCGCCAUCAAGUUCAAAUGUCGAUCUUUUCACAUCAACGCCACAAAUGUCGUUAGACCCGUUUGCAUCCUUUGAAGGUAACCAAAUGCCGCAGCAGCAGCAGCAAACUAUGAUGGCUCCGCAAAUGCCUCAACUACAGCCACAGAUGAAUCCUACGAAUAUGUAUAAUAACCAAGGUUUUAAUAUGAUGAAUUCUACUACUCCCGUUAUUCCCCAGCAACCCGCUGCCAAUCUGAUGUCACCGACGUCACCCAAUCUAAUGCAGGCCAAUUCAGCUCCUCUCAUUCCGAAUCAACCAACAAUGGCUCCAUCUUCACUAUCCCAGCCAAUCAGUGCUACACCUGCAUCAACGGCAGCAUCGAAACCUCUAAAACCCAAUACUUGGAGUGAUGUUAAAGGAGUUAACAUUGAUUUGGAUCUUUUUGGAAAAUCUCAAAAAACUGCCCAGCCAUCUAUGAGACAGAUGCAACAAGGUACGCCUGUUGGAAAUGUUACCAUGGGUAUGGCAGGAAUGAAUAUGACCGGACAGGCACCCGGUAUGCAAUCACCUCAAAUGCCUGGAAUGAUGGGUCAGGGUGCUCCAAUGGGACAGCAAGGAAUGAGAAUGAUGCCUAACAGCAAUAUGAUGCCGCCUACUCAACCCAUGGGCAUGAUGGGAAUGGCUGGGCAACCGAAUAUGGGUCAAUAUAAUAUGAAUCAAAUGUAUGGGAGUGGGAUGGGAGGAAUGUAUCAAAUGCAGGGCGUUCCUGCAGCAAAUAAUUAUAAUAAACCUUUUUGAAAAGACGUUUAGAUCAUAACCAUCUCAAAUGACGAUGCAUAUAUGCAUGAUUGCAAUUGAAGCUUCUAGUGACCUGAAAUAUGCAGAUAAGAUGCAUGAGUAUUGAUCCCUAUCUCGGUAAAAUUUUAAAUUUGCUAUAUUUCAUAUGGAUGAUUAUUUUUGUUAACAAUAAUGAACACCAAUCACCCAACUGGGCAUAUGAAUCUUAAUAAAAGUAUUCCAACAACCUGUUGUAUUUGUAUCUAUUUAUAUAAAAAAUUAUAACAAAGAUAGCUGAUGGCCCUAAAAUUUAUCUUUUUUAAUAAUUAUUUGAUUGUAGUAAUCAAGUACUUAUUAAGUUUAUGAUCCCAAACAAGUGCAUUUUAUUUUAAUAUAGCGUUUCCUUCGAUACCUAUUGAUGUGAUUUUGAUCUCUCUUAGUCCUAUUAGGUUAUAUACACAGUAACACAGGCAUUUAUUGUUCGACUGUAAGAUUAUAAUGGUACUGGCUAAACUGCGCAUGUUAUUUCUCUAUAUCAUUUCUCAAAUUUGAUUCAGGCAUAUCAAUCUUGCUACCUAAGUGGAGCAAAAGCUUUCAUAUUUGUAUGAAGUUUCGAUUCAUAUUAAAUUUGUGAUACCGUAGGUAAUGUUCAAAUUGCCUUGAUAAUCCAUAAUAAAAUAUCAACAGGAAAUAGUUGUAUUUUGAUCAGAAAAAUUUACUACGUUUUUUUUUUGAAAGUUAUUUCAUACAGUGACUUUGUGACACUAGUUUCACGAGGUGCACACAAUGUACUAUUUACUUUUUGAAAUGCCCGUAUCAUAGAUAAAUAUCCGAUAGUUAUUUUAUCUUUCAAUGAUAGGAUAAGGCACCUGCUUUUAUAAAGUUUUGUUCUUUGUUUUAGGCAUUCCAGUUUAGUUUGCUUUUUUUUAUGAUUUCUAGGGUGAUGGGUUGUAAUGUAGAUUUGGAUGAUGUCACCUUUUUGGUGGCUUUGUGUAGGAAUAGUUAAUGUGCUUAAUUGUAUGUUUCACAUAACCUGCCUGCGGUCAGAAAGUAUUACAAAUGUGCAUUACAAAUUACAGUACCCUUUCAAAACAUGAAAAGUUUCUAUAUUUUCUAAUUUGAUUUCCCAGUGGUGCGAUUAUAAUAAUCCUUAACUGGCUUAAGACUUUUUCAUGGAAGAAAUUAAAUAGCUGUAUACGAUUCUAUGUGAUUUGUUAUGUUACCCUGGAUAUGAUAUUGAUUUCUGUAGCGGAAUUGUUCAAAUUUUUCAAAUAAUUCUUCUGUGUCAGUAGGUACCAAUAGAAGUAUUAUUUUGCAAAGAUUCAAGCAGAAUUGUUAAAAUUGUCAUGAACAUGAUGAUAAAAUGCAACUCCUAAGAUUAGCCCGUUUUCCAGUCUUAGGCAUGCAUCUGAUUUUGUGUUUUCAUAUAUUUAUCGUUUAAACCUAUGAAAUGUUUUGGCUUGAUGUGCUGUAGAUACUUAUUAGGCUACACUUUAUUAGUUGAAUUAAAUAUUUAUAUUAUUCUUAGCUUUACUGUUAGUUCAUAAUUUCACUUCUAACAUGAUUUCUAUAUUGGGUAAAACAUUAAAUAGGUUCUGGUGAAAAAGCUGGACGUUUAUGUUUAUGCUUGUAUCCUUAUACGUUUUAAUUUUAUUGAACCAAUUGUUGAUAAUAAACAAUAUUGUACAUAGAAUAUUUUGUUUUUUUCCCCCUCAAAUCCAUAUUUACAAGUGGUAUUUAAUUGUUAUGAAAAUUGUCAGCUUUCUGUAAAUGCUGCUUGAAAAAUAAAAGUAUCAACAAAAACAGGAUUUCUCCCA